AUGGAAAACCACGGCGACCUCAAUAACUCUCAUGCUGCACGAGCACCUGUCGACCUCGCCCCGGAUCCUGCUUUUAGUGGUCGAUCGCUUGCCAUUUCCAAACAUGCCGACGAGCCGGACAUUCGUCAGCGCUACCGCCCGUUCUUACUGGACGAGGCAGACGAGGGCAACGACUGGGUUGCGCAACUCGAAUUAAGCACCGCCCUGAAAAUGGUCGAGUCUGAAAUCAUCAGCAGAGGACAGCCUAGAUUGCGUAUACUCGUACUCUACGGCAGCAUGAGAAAUCGCUCCUUUUCCCGCCUAUUAUCAUACGAGUGCUCUAGAAUCUUGUUCCGUCUUGGCUGCGAUGUUCGUGUGUACAACCCUGCAGGCUUGCCACAGAAGGAUGAUGUGCAGCACACACAUGCCAAAGUACAGGAACUCCGAGAGCUCAGCAAGUGGAGCGAUGGCCACGUGUGGAUUAGCCCCGAGCAACACGGAAAUCUGACUGGAAUCUUUAAGCAGCAGAUCGACUGGAUUCCAUUAUCGUCUGGCUCGGUCCGCCCGACGCAGGGUCGGACCCUAGCAGUCGCUCAGGUCAGCGGAGGAUCGCAGUCCUUCAAUGCUGUCAACUCCCUGCGCAUCUUGGGCCGCUGGAUGCGAAUGUUUACUAUUCCCAACCAGAGCUCUGUUCCAAAGGCUUACACGCAGUUUACCUCGGAGGCCGAGGGAAGCCGUAUGAUACCCAGUCCCAACCGUGACCGCAUCGUUGACUGUAUGGAGGAGCUGGUCAAAUACACCAUCGUGGUUCGCCCGCAUUUCGACCUAUUCGGUGACCGCUUCAGCGAGCGUGAGGAGCGAAAGGUAAAGCUGGAGGCAGUGGGGGACGCUGUCCAGUCAUAG